AUGGCUGCAAUGGCAAAAGACUCUGCUUCACAGGGAUCCAAUAAACUGAACCUAAACAGUGCUGUCUACCAACAGGACUCUGCAUUCCAGGAAAUGGCUGCAAUGGCAAAAGACUCUGCUUCACAGGAAUCCAAUGAACUGAACGUAAACAGUGCUGUCUACCAACAGGCCUCUGGAUCAGAUUCUUCGGAUCAAACAGAUGGUCAAGCACAAAUGAAAUCAGCCUCAAAGCAAAAGUCUUCAAUGGCGAAAGGCUCUGCUUCACAGGAAUCCAAUGAACUGAAUGGCAAUGGUGCUGUCUAUCAACAGGCCUCUGCCUCAAAGCAAAAGUCUUCGAUGGCGAAAGGCUCUGCUUCACAGGAUUCCAAUGAACUGAACGGCAAUGGUGCUGUCUACCAACAGGCCUCUGCCUCAAAGCAAAAGUCUUCAAUGGCGAAAGGCUCUGCUUCACAGGAUUCCAAUGAACUGAACGGCAAUGGUGCUGUCUACCAACAGGCCUCUGCCUUAAAGCAAAAGUCUUCAAAGGCGAAAGGCUCUGCUUCACAGGAAUCCAAUGAACUGAACCAAAACAGUGCUGUCUACCAACAGGCCUCUGAUGAACGGUACAUUAAAUAUAACCAGAAUUUUCAGAACAUUGACCUGGAUGAGGAUUUCUCUGGUAGUGAGCAAUCUUCAAAACUAACCUUCAUUGCUCCAACAACAACUCCAGUUCUGAGAAGUGUUGUAUCUGCUCACAAUAGUCAAGUCUGUAGCACUUGGGGCAACUCUUACUUCAAGACCUUUGAUGGAGACAUCUUCUACUAUCCUGGUACUUGUAACUAUGUGUUUGCUUCCAACUGCAAGAGCAAUUUUGAAGAGUUUAACAUCCAGAUCAGACGUUCAGUUGCAAAUGGUAUGUCCACCAUCAGCCGCAUAGCUAUCAAGAUUGAGGGGAUUUCAAUUGAACUUUCCAGUGAAAAUGUUUUAUUUAAUGGUCAAAAGGUGGAUCUACCUUACGGUUUCUCAGGAGUCCAGAUAGAUAGAAGUGGUAUCUACAUCAAAGUCUCUUCCAAACUUGGUCUUGGAUUCAUGUGGAAUGAGGAUGAUGCAAUUUUGUUGGAGCUUGACAACAAAUUUAACAACAAGACUUGUGGUCUAUGUGGGGACUUCAAUGGCAUUCCCGUUUACAAUGAGUUUAUUUCAAACAAUGCUAAACUGACCCCGAUUCAAUAUGGAAACAUGCAGAAAUUAAAUGGACCUACAGAAAUGUGUCAGGACCUAACCAUCCAGCCUCAAAACAACUGCACUGAUUCUAGGAGACUUUGUGAAGUGAUCUUGACCAGCUCUGCAUUUUCCUCCUGCAACCGUCUAGUGGACCCUACAUUAUACAUUGAUGUUUGCGUACAAGAUUUGUGCCGGUGUGCACAAAAAGAUACUGGCUUCUGCCUUUGUAACACCUUUACUGAAUAUUCCCGGCAGUGUGCUCACGCUGGAGGGCAACCCAAGAACUGGAGAACUCCCAAGCUGUGCCCUCUUCAAUGUAACUUCAAUCUUGAAUACAAGGAAUGUGGAAAUCCAUGCCCCAACACUUGUUCCAACCCUGACCGCUCAUCAGUCUGUGACAACCACUGUAUUGAUGGAUGCUUUUGCCCUGCAGGAACCGUUUUCGAUGACAUCAAUAACACCGGCUGUAUUCCCAAGCAGCAGUGUUCGUGUACUUACAAUGGACAGAUCUAUACAUCAGGCACUGGAUAUUCAGUUCAAUGUCAAUCUUGCACUUGUAAUGAAGGAAAAUGGAAAUGUACAGAAAACAGCUGCCCUGCAUCUUGUUCUAUUGAAGGAGGAUCUCAUAUCACAUCUUUUGAUAGCACCCUUUACACAAUCAAUGGCGACUGCUCCUAUGUUAUUUCUAAGACAUGUAACAAGAACACUUUCAGUGUGCUGGCAGAAAUUCUUACAUGUGGUCUGACCAGUACUGAGACAUGCUUGAAGAGUGUAACCAUUAGUCUUGCUGAUGGAAAAGAUUUCAUUUACGUUAAAUCAUGUGGCAGUGUCUAUGUGAAUUCGAUAUACACUCAAUUACCCGUCUCAUCAGGUAAUGUUACCAUUUUCAAACCAUCAACAUUUUACAUCAUUGUGCAAACUAAGAUUGGAAUUCAACUCCAGAUCCAACUUAUACCCACUAUGCAGCUGUACAUCAGUCUUGACCCAUCCUACAAAAGUCAAGUGUGUGGUCUUUGUGGCAACUAUAACAGCAUUCAAGCUGAUGAUUUCCAAGUGCUGAGUGGGGUCAUUGAAGGAAGUGGCUCAUCGUUUGCCAACACUUGGAAGACCCAGGCCAGCUGUCCUAAUGUCGUCUCAAGCUUUGAAAAUCCAUGCUCCCUCAGCAUUGAAAAUGAGCAAUACGCUACGCACUGGUGCUCAAUGUUAAGCGAUCCUAAUGGACCUUUUGCAGAAUGCCAGGCAACAGUUAAUCCAGCCACCUUCAAGUCGAACUGCAUGUUUGACUCAUGCAACUGUGCCAAGAGUGAGGAGUGCAUGUGUGCCGCUCUGUCCUCCUAUGUACAUGCUUGUGCCAAAGCAGGAAUUUACCUGAAGGGAUGGAGAAACAACGUCUGCCAACUGUACACAACUACAUGUCCCAAGACCUUAUCCUACAGCUAUGUCGUCAACACAUGCCAACCUACUUGUCGCUCACUCAGCGAGCGUGACAUUACUUGUGACAUCUCCUUUGUCCCGGUUGAUGGCUGUGUUUGCCAGAAUGGAACCUACCUGGAUGAUAAGGGUGCCUGUGUGCUCCAGUCUGCUUGUCCUUGCUACUACAAGGGUUCUGCAGUGCCACCAGGAGAGGUGGUUCAUGACAAUGGAGCUAUGUGCACAUGCACAAAUGGAAAACUAGACUGUAUUGGACAGACAACCUCACAGAAAGCCUGUGUUGCCCCCAUGGUGUAUUUUGACUGUACUAAGAAACCUGCAGGCACAAAGGGAUCUGAGUGCCAGAAGAGUUGCCAAACCCUUGACAUGAACUGCUACAGUGCACAGUGUGUCUCUGGCUGCGUGUGCCAAGAUGGACUGAUAGCUGAUGGAAAGGGGGGAUGUGUGACAGAGAGCCAAUGUCCAUGUAUACACAACAACAAAGCCUACAUGCCAGGAGAAAAUAUCAAGGUCUCUUGUAACACUUGCACGUGCAAAAACAGAGCAUGGGAAUGCAGUGGUGAUAUUUGUAUGGGCACCUGCGCUGUAUAUGGAGAUGGUCACUAUCUUACCUUUGACAGUAAAUCAUAUGUUUUUAAUGGAGAUUGUGAAUAUACCCUGGCUCAGGAUUACUGCACUGGUAACUCCAGUAAUGGAACUUUCCGUGUUAUAACGGAGAACAUCCCAUGCGGUACCACAGGAACUGCUUGUUCUAAAUCCAUCAAAGUUUUCCUCGGGAACUAUGAACUAAUACUUGCUGAAGAUAAAUUUGAGGUUGUACAACGGAAUUUAGGAACAUAUAUACCAUAUAAAGUGCGCCAGAUGGGUAUCUACAUGGUGAUUGAGGCCCUCAAUGGACUGGUUCUGGUAUGGGACAAGAAAACCAGCAUAUAUAUUAAGCUUGAACCUAGUUUCCAGGGCAAAGUUUGUGGUCUUUGUGGUAAUUACGAUGGAAAUUUUGUCAAUGACUAUACAACCAGAAGCUUGGCUGUGGUCGGAAAUGUUAUGGAAUUUGGUAACAACUGGAAAAUGUCUCCCAGCUGCCUAGAUGCUGUAGACUUGGGAGACUCCUGUUCUUUAAAUCCCUACAGGAAGGCAUGGUCUCAGAAGCAGUGUAGUGUCAUCACCAGUGACACUUUCUCAAACUGUCACUCACUCGUUAACCCGCUCAAGUAUUAUGAUGCUUGUGUCAGCGAUUCUUGUGCCUGUGAUACCGGUGGAGAUUGUGAGUGUUUCUGUACAGCAGUAGCCGCUUAUGCCCAAGCUUGUAGUGAAGCUGGUGUGUGUGUUCGCUGGAGAACUCCAACAAUGUGCCCUAUUUUCUGUGAUUAUUACAAUCGUGAAGGACACUGCGAGUGGCAUUACAAAGCAUGUGGUGCCCCCUGCAUGAAGACCUGUAGGAACCCAAGUGGAACUUGUUACCACAACUUACCAGGCCUGGAAGGAUGCUACCCCAACUGUCCACCUGAAUCACCAUAUUUUGAUGAGGACAAAAUGGAAUGUGUAGAAUCAUGUCCUUGCUAUUCACUCAAUGGAACAGAGUAUUAUAUUGGUCAGGAGAUGCCUCCAGAGGAUAAUAACAACAUCUGCACAACUUGCAAGUGUACUCUAAAAGGCAGAAAAUGUACUUAUGAAGAAUGUUGUGUGUAUGAAGGAAAGAUAUACAGGACACCAGACCUCAUUUACAAUACAACUGAUGGCAUGGGGGGAUGCAUUGUAGCAUACUGUAUUAAGGGAGUGAUCGAAGGAAACAACACAGCUUGCAGUUCACCUACAACUACACCUACAACUGUUUUCAGCUUUUCUACUACAACUCCUAUAACAACACCAACAACGGGAACACCAACAACUGAAACAUCAAAAACACCACCAACAUCAACACCAACAACUGGAACAUCAAAAACACCAACAACAGGAACAAAAACAACACCAACAACUGGAACAACAACAGCGCCAACAACUGGAACAACAAAAACACCAACAACAGUAACACCAACAACUGGAACAUCAAAAACACCAACAACAGGACCAACAACUGAAACACCAAAAACACCGACUACCACCACUACCACUGUCAGCAGCACUAUUAAAGUAUGUUCUGUAACUCCAGAGGAUGCAGGAUGCACUUGGUCAAGAUGGUUUGACGUAAGUUACCCUUCUUACGGCAAGGACAAUGGAGAUUUCGAAACCUUAGGAGACAUAAGGAAAGCAGGAUUUGAAAUUUGUGAUGCACCUCAAAAUGUUGAAUGCAGAGCAAAGUUUUUCCCUGAAAAUGCAAUAGAAGACCUACAUCAAAUAGUGACAUGUAGCAAAUAUGUGGGUCUGAUUUGUAUUAACAGCCAACAACCACAGAGAAUUUGUUACAAUUACGAAAUCAGAGUGCAAUGUUGUUCCCCAAUAGCAGAUUGCACGAAACAAGUAACAUCAUCAACUGUUAAAACAACAGGUAUAUCUAGUUCAACCGCAUCAACUUCAAAAUCUACCAUAACUAAAACACCAUAUUCAUCUGUUUCUGUUACUCCGACAUUGACAAGUGAAACGAAAACAACCUCUAGCACAAGCACAUCAUCCUCAAAAACUACCAUAAGUACAACAAACCGUUCUACCUCUGUUUUUACCGUAUCCACAACUGGAACAUUAACAACUAGUUCAAUCAAACCAUCUUCAACAAUAACAACAACACCAUACUCAGUUAUCUCUACUACAUCAACAUCUACGAGCAGAACAUCCACAGGUACAACAAAAUUCACUUCAUCUGAAACAUCAACCAAGACAACGCCAACAUCUACUUCUGUUUCUACAAGUAAGAGUACAAGUGGAACAACAGUUUCAUCAACACCGCCUACUCAUUUAUCAACCAGUGUUUCAACUACUUCUUCAACAACUUGUCCAUACGCAUAUUCCAUGAAAUGCUAUUGGUCAUCAUUCAUGGAAGGUAACGAUACACCAACAAAGUCUGUUAAAGAAGGAGAAAGUUUAUCAGGAAGUGAUUCCAGUGAAGAGCCUCGUCAACCCUCUAAGGGCUCCCCCAAUAAAAAAGAUAGCAGCUCUGCAAAGGGUUCUAAGGAAAAAGUUACACCUCCCAAUAAAGGAUACUUCAAUGAAGUGCUGAAAAAGCUUUUCAAGGGCUCCUCAAGUGAAGAAGACCAAAGCCGUAACUUAGGAAGAAAAGAUUCCAAACAGAAUGACAGCAAGCCCAGUAAAGGAUAUUUCAAUGAAUUCAUCAAAAGAAUUUUCAAAAGUUCUUCAAGCGAAGAAAACCAAAACGGCAACUCUGGAAGAAGUGAUUCUCAAGAAAAAGUCAGCAAAACAGAUAAAGGAUUCUUAAAUGAAAUAAUCAACAAGGUUUUUAAAGACUUUUCAAGCGAGGAAGCCGAUUUACCCACAAUCUUCCAGUCUGGUAAAGAUGUCGAUAGCUCAGAGCUACUAAAGGUCGUUGGUUAUGGAAUAUGUUCAACACAGCAAAUGGCCAGUGAAAUUGAGUGUAACGUAAGAUCAGACUUGAGCAUCAAGAAGAAAAAUUCUGUAUUACAGUGUAACAGGGACACUGCUAUUGCUUGCCUACUGGCCAGACAGGAAGGAAUCGAUGCACUAGUAUGUGACUAUUAUAGUAUAAGGGUACUAUGCUGUUCUAAAGUCUGUGGUGAAACAACAGCACUUACCGAAUCUACAAGUGAAACACCAACCACCUCUAUCUCAACUAAAACAUCUACAUCACCAUAUUAUCAUUCUACAACUAUAAGUGAGAAAACAACCAGCCCCAUUUCAACUAUAAGCACAACCAAGACAACCCCAACAUCAACCUCUCAUUCUACUACACCAGCAAGCCAAACCACAACCACUUCACCAUCAACCUCAAUAAGGUCAACCCCCACAUCUACCUCUGUUUCUACACCAACCACCUCUAUCUCAACUAAAACAUCUACACCACCAUAUUAUGAUUCUACAACUACAAGUGAGAGAACAACCAGCCCCAUUUCAACUAUAAGCACAACCAAGACAACCCCAAUAUCAACCUCUUAUUCUACUACAACAACAAGCAAAACCACAACUACUUCACCAUCAACCUCAACGAGGUCAACCCCCACAUCUACCCCUGUUUCUACAAGUAGGAGUACAAGUGGAACGACAGUUUCAUCAACACCGCCCACUCAUUCAUCAACCAGUGUUUCAACUACUUCUUCAACAACUUGUCCAUACGCAUAUUCCAUGAAAUGCUAUUGGUCAUCAUUUAUGGAAGGUAACGAUACACCAACAAAGUCUGUUAAAGAAGGAGAAAGUUUAUCAGGAAGUGAUUCCAGUGAAGAGCCUCGUCAACCCUCUAAGGGCUCCCCCAAUAAAAAAGAUAGCAGCUCUGCAAAGGGUUCUAAGGAAAAAGUUACACCUCCCAAUAAAGGAUACUUCAAUGAAGUGCUGAAAAAGCUUUUCAAGGGCUCCUCAAGUGAAGAAGACCAAAGCCGUAACUCAGGAAGAAAAGAUUCUAAACAGAAUGACAGCAAGCCCAGUAAAGGAUAUUUCAAUGAAUUCAUCAAAAGAAUUUUCAAAAGUUCUUCAAGCGAAGAAAACCAAAACGGUAACUCUGGAAGAAGUGAUUCUCAAGAAAAAGUCAGCAAAACAGAUAAAGAAUUCUUAAAUGAAAUAAUCAACAAGGUUUUUAAAGACUUUUCAAGCGAGGAAGCCGAUUUACCCACAAUCUUCCAGUCUGGUAAAGAUGUCGAUAGCUCAGAGCUACUAAAGGUCGUUGGUUAUGGAAUAUGUUCAACACAGCAAAUGGCCAGUGAAAUUGAGUGUAACGUAAGAUCAGACUUGAGCAUCAAGAAGAAAAAUUCAGUAUCACAGUGUAACAGGGACACUGCUAUUGCUUGCCUACUGGCCAGACAGGAAGGAAUCGAUGCACCAGUAUGUGACUAUUAUAGUAUUAGGGUACUAUGCUGUUCUAAAGUCUGUGGUGAAACAACAGCACUUACCGAAUCUACAAGUGAAACACCAACCACCUCUAUCUCAACUAAAACAUCUACAUCACCAUAUUAUCAUUCUACAACUAUAAGUGAGAAAACAACCAGCCCCAUUUCAACUAUAAGCACAACCAAGACAACCCCAACAUCAACCUCUCAUUCUACUACACCAACAAGCCAAACCACAACCACUUCACCAUCAACCUCAAUAAGGUCAACCCCCACAUCUACCUCUGUUUCUACACCAACCACCUCUAUCUCAACUAAAACAUCUACACCACCAUAUUAUGAUUCUACAACUACAAGUGAGAGAACAACCAGCCCCAUUUCAACUAUAAGCACAACCAAGACAACCCCAAUAUCAACCUCUUAUUCUACUACAACAACAAGCAAAACCACAACUACUUCACCAUCAACCUCAACGAGGUCAACCCCCACAUCUACCCCUGUUUCUACAAGUAGGAGUACAAGUGGAACGACAGUUUCAUCAACACCGCCCACUCAUUCAUCAACCAGUGUUUCAACUACUUCUUCAACAACUUGUCCAUACGCAUAUUCCAUGAAAUGCUAUUGGUCAUCAUUUAUGGAAGGUAACGAUACACCAACAAAGUCUGUUAAAGAAGGAGAAAGUUUAUCAGGUAGUGAUUCCAGUGAAGAGCCGCGUCAACCCUCUAAGGGCUCCCCCAAUAAAAAAGAUAGCAGCUCUGCAAAGGGUUCUAAGGAAAAAGUUACACCUCCCAAUAAAGGAUACUUCAAUGAAGUGCUGAAAAAGCUUUUCAAGGGCUCCUCAAGUGAAGAAGACCAAAGCCGUAACUCAGGAAGAAAAGAUUCUAAACAGAAUGACAGCAAGCCCAGUAAAGGAUAUUUCAAUGAAUUCAUCAAAAGAAUUUUCAAAAGUUCUUCAAGCGAAGAAAACCAAAACGGCAACUCUGGAAGAAGUGAUUCUCAAGAAAAAGUCAGCAAAACAGAUAAAGGAUUCUUAAAUGAAAUAAUCAACAAGGUUUUUAAAGACUUUUCAAGCGAGGAAGCCGAUUUACCCACAAUCUUCCAGUCUGGUAAAGAUGUCGAUAGCUCAGAGCUACUAAAGGUCGUUGGUUAUGGAAUAUGUUCAACACAGCAAAUGGCCAGUGAAAUUGAGUGUAACGUAAGAUCAGACUUGAGCAUCAAGAAUAAAAAUUCAGUAUCACAGUGUAACAGGGACACUGCUAUUGCUUGCCUACUGGCCAGACAGGAAGGAAUCGAUGCACCAGUAUGUGACUAUUAUAGUAUUAGGGUACUAUGCUGUUCUAAAGUCUGUGGUGAAACAAGAGUUUAUACCGAAUCUACAAGUGAAACACCAACCACCUCUAUCUCAACUAAAACAUCUACACCACCAUAUUAUCAUUCUACAACUAUAAGUGAGAAAACAACCAGCCCCAUUUCAACUAUAAGCACAACCAAGACAACCCCAACAUCAACCUCUCAUUCUACUACACCAACAAGCCAAACCACAACCACUUCACCAUCAACCUCAAUAAGGUCAACCCCCACAUCUACCUCUGUUUCUACACCAACCACCUCUAUCUCAACUAAAACAUCUACACCACCAUAUUAUGAUUCUACAACUACAAGUGAGAGAACAACCAGCCCCAUUUCAACUAUAAGCACAACCAAGACAACCCCAAUAUCAACCUCUUAUUCUACUACACCAACAAGCCAAACCACAACCACUUCACCAUCAACCUCAAUAAGGUCAACCCCCACAUCUACCUCUGUUUCUACACCAACCACCUCUAUCUCAACUAAAACAUCUACACCACCAUAUUAUGAUUCUACAACUACAAGUGAGAGAACAACCAGCCCCAUUUCAACUAUAAGCACAACCAAGACAACCCCAAUAUCAACCUCUUAUUCUACUACAACAACAAGCAAAACCACAACUACUUCACCAUCAACCUCAACGAGGUCAACCCCCACAUCUACCCCUGUUUCUACAAGUAGGAGUACAAGUGGAACGACAGUUUCAUCAACACCGCCCACUCAUUCAUCAACCAGUGUUUCAACUACUUCUUCAACAACUUGUCCAUACGCAUAUUCCAUGAAAUGCUAUUGGUCAUCAUUUAUGGAAGGGCUCCCCAAUAAAAAAGAUAGCAGCUCUGCAAAGGGUUCUAAGGAAAAAGUUACACCUCCCAAUAAAGGAUACUUCAAUGAAGUGCUGAAAAAGCUUUUCAAGGGCUCCUCAAGUGAAGAAGACCAUAGCCGUAACUCAGGAAGAAAAGAUUCUAAACAGAAUGACAGCAAGCCCAGUAAAGGAUAUUUCAAUGAAUUCAUCAAAAGAAUUUUCAAAAGUUCUUCAAGCGAAGAAAACCAAAACGGUAACUCUGGAAGAAGUGAUUCUCAAGAAAAAGUCAGCAAAACAGAUAAAGGAUUCUUAAAUGAAAUAAUCAACAAGGUUUUUAAAGACUUUUCAAGCGAGGAAGCCGAUUUACCCACAAUCUUCCAGUCUGGUAAAGAUGUUGAUAGCUCAGAGCUACUAAAGGUCGUUGGUUAUGGAAUAUGUUCAACACAGCAAAUGGCCAGUGAAAUUGAGUGUAACGUAAGAUCAGACUUGAGCAUCAAGAAGAAAAAUUCAGUAUCACAGUGUAACAGGGACACUGCUAUUGCUUGCCUACUGGCCAGACAGGAAGGAAUCGAUGCACCAGUAUGUGACUAUUAUAGUAUUAGGGUACUAUGCUGUUCUAAAGUCUGUGGUGAAACAACAGCACUUACCGAAUCUACAAGUGAAACACCAACCACCUCUAUCUCAACUAAAACAUCUACAUCACCAUAUUAUCAUUCUACAACUAUAAGUGAGAAAACAACCAGCCCCAUUUCAACUAUAAGCACAACCAAGACAACCCCAACAUCAACCUCUCAUUCUACUACACCAACAAGCCAAACCACAACCACUUCACCAUCAACCUCAAUAAGGUCAACCCCCACAUCUACCUCUGUUUCUACACCAACCACCUCUAUCUCAACUAAAACAUCUACACCACCAUAUUAUGAUUCUACAACUACAAGUGAGAGAACAACCAGCCCCAUUUCAACUAUAAGCACAACCAAGACAACCCCAAUAUCAACCUCUUAUUCUACUACAACAACAAGCAAAACCACAACUACUUCACCAUCAACCUCAACGAGGUCAACCCCCACAUCUACCCCUGUUUCUACAAGUAGGAGUACAAGUGGAACGACAGUUUCAUCAACACCGCCCACUCAUUCAUCAACCAGUGUUUCAACUACUUCUUCAACAACUUGUCCAUACGCAUAUUCCAUGAAAUGCUAUUGGUCAUCAUUUAUGGAAGGUAACGAUACACCAACAAAGUCUGUUAAAGAAGGAGAAAGUUUAUCAGGUAGUGAUUCCAGUGAAGAGCCGCGUCAACCCUCUAAGGGCUCCCCCAAUAAAAAAGAUAGCAGCUCUGCAAAGGGUUCUAAGGAAAAAGUUACACCUCCCAAUAAAGGAUACUUCAAUGAAGUGCUGAAAAAGCUUUUCAAGGGCUCCUCAAGUGAAGAAGACCAAAGCCGUAACUCAGGAAGAAAAGAUUCUAAACAGAAUGACAGCAAGCCCAGUAAAGGAUAUUUCAAUGAAUUCAUCAAAAGAAUUUUCAAAAGUUCUUCAAGCGAAGAAAACCAAAACGGCAACUCUGGAAGAAGUGAUUCUCAAGAAAAAGUCAGCAAAACAGAUAAAGGAUUCUUAAAUGAAAUAAUCAACAAGGUUUUUAAAGACUUUUCAAGCGAGGAAGCCGAUUUACCCACAAUCUUCCAGUCUGGUAAAGAUGUCGAUAGCUCAGAGCUACUAAAGGUCGUUGGUUAUGGAAUAUGUUCAACACAGCAAAUGGCCAGUGAAAUUGAGUGUAACGUAAGAUCAGACUUGAGCAUCAAGAAUAAAAAUUCAGUAUCACAGUGUAACAGGGACACUGCUAUUGCUUGCCUACUGGCCAGACAGGAAGGAAUUGAUGCACCAGUAUGUGACUAUUAUAGUAUUAGGGUACUAUGCUGUUCUAAAGUCUGUGGUGAAACAAGAGUUUAUACCGAAUCUACAAGUGAAACACCAACCACCUCUAUCUCAACUAAAACAUCUACACCACCAUAUUAUCAUUCUACAACUAUAAGUGAGAAAACAACCAGCCCCAUUUCAACUAUAAGCACAACCAAGACAACCCCAACAUCAACCUCUCAUUCUACUACACCAACAAGCCAAACCACAACCACUUCACCAUCAACCUCAAUAAGGUCAACCCCCACAUCUACCUCUGUUUCUACACCAACCACCUCUAUCUCAACUAAAACAUCUACACCACCAUAUUAUGAUUCUACAACUACAAGUGAGAGAACAACCAGCCCCAUUUCAACUAUAAGCACAACCAAGACAACCCCAAUAUCAACCUCUUAUUCUACUACACCAACAAGCCAAACCACAACCACUUCACCAUCAACCUCAAUAAGGUCAACCCCCACAUCUACCUCUGUUUCUACACCAACCACCUCUAUCUCAACUAAAACAUCUACACCACCAUAUUAUGAUUCUACAACUACAAGUGAGAGAACAACCAGCCCCAUUUCAACUAUAAGCACAACCAAGACAACCCCAAUAUCAACCUCUUAUUCUACUACAACAACAAGCAAAACCACAACUACUUCACCAUCAACCUCAACGAGGUCAACCCCCACAUCUACCCCUGUUUCUACAAGUAGGAGUACAAGUGGAACGACAGUUUCAUCAACACCGCCCACUCAUUCAUCAACCAGUGUUUCAACUACUUCUUCAACAACUUGUCCAUACGCAUAUUCCAUGAAAUGCUAUUGGUCAUCAUUUAUGGAAGGUAACGAUACACCAACAAAGUCUGUUAAAGAAGGAGAAAGUUUAUCAGGAAGUGAUUCCAGUGAAGAGCCUCGUCAACCCUCUAAGGGCUCCCCCAAUAAAAAAGAUAGCAGCUCUGCAAAGGGUUCUAAGGAAAAAGUUACACCUCCCAAUAAAGGAUACUUCAAUGAAGUGCUGAAAAAGCUUUUCAAGGGCUCCUCAAGUGAAGAAGACCAAAGCCGUAACUCAGGAAGAAAAGAUUCUAAACAGAAUGACAGCAAGCCCAGUAAAGGAUAUUUCAAUGAAUUCAUCAAAAGAAUUUUCAAAAGUUCUUCAAGCGAAGAAAACCAAAACGGUAACUCUGGAAGAAGUGAUUCUCAAGAAAAAGUCAGCAAAACAGAUAAAGGAUUCUUAAAUGAAAUAAUCAACAAGGUUUUUAAAGACUUUUCAAGCGAGGAAGCCGAUUUACCCACAAUCUUCCAGUCUGGUAAAGAUGUUGAUAGCUCAGAGCUACUAAAGGUCGUUGGUUAUGGAAUAUGUUCAACACAGCAAAUGGCCAGUGAAAUUGAGUGUAACGUAAGAUCAGACUUGAGCAUCAAGAAGAAAAAUUCAGUAUCACAGUGUAACAGGGACACUGCUAUUGCUUGCCUACUGGCCAGACAGGAAGGAAUCGAUGCACCAGUAUGUGACUAUUAUAGUAUUAGGGUACUAUGCUGUUCUAAAGUCUGUGGUGAAACAACAGCACUUACCGAAUCUACAAGUGAAACACCAACCACCUCUAUCUCAACUAAAACAUCUACAUCACCAUAUUAUCAUUCUACAACUAUAAGUGAGAAAACAACCAGCCCCAUUUCAACUAUAAGCACAACCAAGACAACCCCAACAUCAACCUCUCAUUCUACUACACCAACAAGCCAAACCACAACCACUUCACCAUCAACCUCAAUAAGGUCAACCCCCACAUCUACCUCUGUUUCUACACCAACCACCUCUAUCUCAACUAAAACAUCUACACCACCAUAUUAUGAUUCUACAACUACAAGUGAGAGAACAACCAGCCCCAUUUCAACUAUAAGCACAACCAAGACAACCCCAAUAUCAACCUCUUAUUCUACUACAACAACAAGCAAAACCACAACUACUUCACCAUCAACCUCAACGAGGUCAACCCCCACAUCUACCCCUGUUUCUACAAGUAGGAGUACAAGUGGAACGACAGUUUCAUCAACACCGCCCACUCAUUCAUCAACCAGUGUUUCAACUACUUCUUCAACAACUUGUCCAUACGCAUAUUCCAUGAAAUGCUAUUGGUCAUCAUUUAUGGAAGGUAACGAUACACCAACAAAGUCUGUUAAAGAAGGAGAAAGUUUAUCAGGAAGUGAUUCCAGUGAAGAGCCUCGUCAACCCUCUAAGGGCUCCCCCAAUAAAAAAGAUAGCAGCUCUGCAAAGGGUUCUAAGGAAAAAGUUACACCUCCCAAUAAAGGAUACUUCAAUGAAGUGCUGAAAAAGCUUUUCAAGGGCUCCUCAAGUGAAGAAGACCAAAGCCGUAACUCAGGAAGAAAAGAUUCUAAACAGAAUGACAGCAAGCCCAGUAAAGGAUAUUUCAAUGAAUUCAUCAAAAGAAUUUUCAAAAGUUCUUCAAGCGAAGAAAACCAAAACGGUAACUCUGGAAGAAGUGAUUCUCAAGAAAAAGUCAGCAAAACAGAUAAAGGAUUCUUAAAUGAAAUAAUCAACAAGGUUUUUAAAGACUUUUCAAGCGAGGAAGCCGAUUUACCCACAAUCUUCCAGUCUGGUAAAGAUGUUGAUAGCUCAGAGCUACUAAAGGUCGUUGGUUAUGGAAUAUGUUCAACACAGCAAAUGGCCAGUGAAAUUGAGUGUAACGUAAGAUCAGACUUGAGCAUCAAGAAGAAAAAUUCAGUAUCACAGUUCUGUGGUGAAACAACAGCACUUACCGAAUCUACAAGUGAAACACCAACCACCUCUAUCUCAACUAAAACAUCUACAUCACCAUAUUAUCAUUCUACAACUAUAAGUGAGAAAACAACCAGCCCCAUUUCAACUAUAAGCACAACCAAGACAACCCCAACAUCAACCUCUCAUUCUACUACACCAACAAGCCAAACCACAACCACUUCACCAUCAACCUCAAUAAGGUCAACCCCCACAUCUACCUCUGUUUCUACACCAACCACCUCUAUCUCAACUAAAACAUCUACACCACCAUAUUAUGAUUCUACAACUACAAGUGAGAGAACAACCAGCCCCAUUUCAACUAUAAGCACAACCAAGACAACCCCAAUAUCAACCUCUUAUUCUACUACAACAACAAGCAAAACCACAACUACUUCACCAUCAACCUCAACGAGGUCAACCCCCACAUCUACCCCUGUUUCUACAAGUAGGAGUACAAGUGGAACGACAGUUUCAUCAACACCGCCCACUCAUUCAUCAACCAGUGUUUCAACUACUUCUUCAACAACUUGUCCAUACGCAUAUUCCAUGAAAUGCUAUUGGUCAUCAUUUAUGGAAGGUAACGAUACACCAACAAAGUCUGUUAAAGAAGGAGAAAGUUUAUCAGGAAGUGAUUCCAGUGAAGAGCCUCGUCAACCCUCUAAGGGCUCCCCCAAUAAAAAAGAUAGCAGCUCUGCAAAGGGUUCUAAGGAAAAAGUUACACCUCCCAAUAAAGGAUACUUCAAUGAAGUGCUGAAAAAGCUUUUCAAGGGCUCCUCAAGUGAAGAAGACCAUAGCCGUAACUCAGGAAGAAAAGAUUCUAAACAGAAUGACAGCAAGCCCAGUAAAGGAUAUUUCAAUGAAUUCAUCAAAAGAAUUUUCAAAAGUUCUUCAAGCGAAGAAAACCAAAACGGUAACUCUGGAAGAAGUGAUUCUCAAGAAAAAGUCAGCAAAACAGAUAAAGGAUUCUUAAAUGAAAUAAUCAACAAGGUUUUUAAAGACUUUUCAAGCGAGGAAGCCGAUUUACCCACAAUCUUCCAGUCUGGUAAAGAUGUUGAUAGCUCAGAGCUACUAAAGGUCGUUGGUUAUGGAAUAUGUUCAACACAGCAAAUGGCCAGUGAAAUUGAGUGUAACGUAAGAUCAGACUUGAGCAUCAAGAAGAAAAAUUCAGUAUCACAGUGUAACAGGGACACUGCUAUUGCUUGCCUACUGGCCAGACAGGAAGGAAUCGAUGCACCAGUAUGUAACUAUUAUAGUAUUAGGGUACUAUGCUGUUCUAAAGUCUGUGGUGAAACAACAGCACUUACCGAAUCUACAAGUGAAACACCAACCACCUCUAUCUCAACUAAAACAUCUACAUCACCAUAUUAUCAUUCUACAACUAUAAGUGAGAAAACAACCAGCCCCAUUUCAACUAUAAGCACAACCAAGACAACCCCAACAUCAACCUCUCAUUCUACUACACCAACAAGCCAAACCACAACCACUUCACCAUCAACCUCAAUAAGGUCAACCCCCACAUCUACCUCUGUUUCUACACCAACCACCUCUAUCUCAACUAAAACAUCUACACCACCAUAUUAUGAUUCUACAACUACAAGUGAGAGAACAACCAGCCCCAUUUCAACUAUAAGCACAACCAAGACAACCCCAAUAUCAACCUCUUAUUCUACUACAACAACAAGCAAAACCACAACUACUUCACCAUCAACCUCAACGAGGUCAACCCCCACAUCUACCCCUGUUUCUACAAGUAGGAGUACAAGUGGAACGACAGUUUCAUCAACACCGCCCACUCAUUCAUCAACCAGUGUUUCAACUACUUCUUCAACAACUUGUCCAUACGCAUAUUCCAUGAAAUGCUAUUGGUCAUCAUUUAUGGAAGGUAACGAUACACCAACAAAGUCUGUUAAAGAAGGAGAAAGUUUAUCAGGUAGUGAUUCCAGUGAAGAGCCGCGUCAACCCUCUAAGGGCUCCCCCAAUAAAAAAGAUAGCAGCUCUGCAAAGGGUUCUAAGGAAAAAGUUACACCUCCCAAUAAAGGAUACUUCAAUGAAGUGCUGAAAAAGCUUUUCAAGGGCUCCUCAAGUGAAGAAGACCAAAGCCGUAACUCAGGAAGAAAAGAUUCUAAACAGAAUGACAGCAAGCCCAGUAAAGGAUAUUUCAAUGAAUUCAUCAAAAGAAUUUUCAAAAGUUCUUCAAGCGAAGAAAACCAAAACGGCAACUCUGGAAGAAGUGAUUCUCAAGAAAAAGUCAGCAAAACAGAUAAAGGAUUCUUAAAUGAAAUAAUCAACAAGGUUUUUAAAGACUUUUCAAGCGAGGAAGCCGAUUUACCCACAAUCUUCCAGUCUGGUAAAGAUGUCGAUAGCUCAGAGCUACUAAAGGUCGUUGGUUAUGGAAUAUGUUCAACACAGCAAAUGGCCAGUGAAAUUGAGUGUAACGUAAGAUCAGACUUGAGCAUCAAGAAUAAAAAUUCAGUAUCACAGUGUAACAGGGACACUGCUAUUGCUUGCCUACUGGCCAGACAGGAAGGAAUUGAUGCACCAGUAUGUGACUAUUAUAGUAUUAGGGUACUAUGCUGUUCUAAAGUCUGUGGUGAAACAAGAGUUUAUACCGAAUCUACAAGUGAAACACCAACCACCUCUAUCUCAACUAAAACAUCUACACCACCAUAUUAUCAUUCUACAACUAUAAGUGAGAAAACAACCAGCCCCAUUUCAACUAUAAGCACAACCAAGACAACCCCAACAUCAACCUCUCAUUCUACUACACCAACAAGCCAAACCACAACCACUUCACCAUCAACCUCAAUAAGGUCAACCCCCACAUCUACCUCUGUUUCUACACCAACCACCUCUAUCUCAACUAAAACAUCUACACCACCAUAUUAUGAUUCUACAACUACAAGUGAGAGAACAACCAGCCCCAUUUCAACUAUAAGCACAACCAAGACAACCCCAAUAUCAACCUCUUAUUCUACUACACCAACAAGCCAAACCACAACCACUUCACCAUCAACCUCAAUAAGGUCAACCCCCACAUCUACCUCUGUUUCUACACCAACCACCUCUAUCUCAACUAAAACAUCUACACCACCAUAUUAUGAUUCUACAACUACAAGUGAGAGAACAACCAGCCCCAUUUCAACUAUAAGCACAACCAAGACAACCCCAAUAUCAACCUCUUAUUCUACUACAACAACAAGCAAAACCACAACUACUUCACCAUCAACCUCAACGAGGUCAACCCCCACAUCUACCCCUGUUUCUACAAGUAGGAGUACAAGUGGAACGACAGUUUCAUCAACACCGCCCACUCAUUCAUCAACCAGUGUUUCAACUACUUCUUCAACAACUUGUCCAUACGCAUAUUCCAUGAAAUGCUAUUGGUCAUCAUUUAUGGAAGGUAACGAUACACCAACAAAGUCUGUUAAAGAAGGAGAAAGUUUAUCAGGAAGUGAUUCCAGUGAAGAGCCUCGUCAACCCUCUAAGGGCUCCCCCAAUAAAAAAGAUAGCACCUCUGCAAAGGGUUCUAAGGAAAAAGUUACACCUCCCAAUAAAGGAUACUUCAAUGAAGUGCUGAAAAAGCUUUUCAAGGGCUCCUCAAGUGAAGAAGACCAUAGCCGUAACUCAGGAAGAAAAGAUUCUAAACAGAAUGACAGCAAGCCCAGUAAAGGAUAUUUCAAUGAAUUCAUCAAAAGAAUUUUCAAAAGUUCUUCAAGCGAAGAAAACCAAAACGGUAACUCUGGAAGAAGUGAUUCUCAAGAAAAAGUCAGCAAAACAGAUAAAGGAUUCUUAAAUGAAAUAAUAAACAAGGUUUUUAAAGACUUUUCAAGCGAGGAAGCCGAUUUACCCACAAUCUUCCAGUCUGGUAAAGAUGUUGAUAGCUCAGAGCUACUAAAGGUCGUUGGUUAUGGAAUAUGUUCAACACAGCAAAUGGCCAGUGAAAUUGAGUGUAACGUAAGAUCAGACUUGAGCAUCAAGAAGAAAAAUUCAGUAUCACAGUGUAACAGGGACACUGCUAUUGCUUGCCUACUGGCCAGACAGGAAGGAAUCGAUGCACCAGUAUGUGACUAUUAUAGUAUUAGGGUACUAUGCUGUUCUAAAGUCUGUGGUGAAACAACAGCACUUACCGAAUCUACAAGUGAAACACCAACCACCUCUAUCUCAACUAAAACAUCUACAUCACCAUAUUAUCAUUCUACAACUAUAAGUGAGAAAACAACCAGCCCCAUUUCAACUAUAAGCACAACCAAGACAACCCCAACAUCAACCUCUCAUUCUACUACACCAACAAGCCAAACCACAACCACUUCACCAUCAACCUCAAUAAGGUCAACCCCCACAUCUACCUCUGUUUCUACACCAACCACCUCUAUCUCAACUAAAACAUCUACACCACCAUAUUAUGAUUCUACAACUACAAGUGAGAGAACAACCAGCCCCAUUUCAACUAUAAGCACAACCAAGACAACCCCAAUAUCAACCUCUUAUUCUACUACAACAACAAGCAAAACCACAACUACUUCACCAUCAACCUCAACGAGGUCAACCCCCACAUCUACCCCUAAAACAACCAGCCCCAUUUCAACUAUAAGCACAACCAAGACAACCCCAACAUCAACCUCUCAUUCUACUACACCAACAAGCCAAACCACAACCACUUCACCAUCAACCUCAAUAAGGUCAACCCCCACAUCUACCUCUGUUUCUACACCAACCACCUCUAUCUCAACUAAAACAUCUACACCACCAUAUUAUGAUUCUACAACUACAAGUGAGAGAACAACCAGCCCCAUUUCAACUAUAAGCACAACCAAGACAACCCCAAUAUCAACCUCUUAUUCUACUACAACAACAAGCAAAACCACAACUACUUCACCAUCAACCUCAACGAGGUCAACCCCCACAUCUACCCCUGUUUCUACAAGUAGGAGUACAAGUGGAACGACAGUUUCAUCAACACCGCCCACUCAUUCAUCAACCAGUGUUUCAACUACUUCUUCAACAACUUGUCCAUACGCAUAUUCCAUGAAAUGCUAUUGGUCAUCAUUUAUGGAAGGUAACGAUACACCAACAAAGUCUGUUAAAGAAGGAGAAAGUUUAUCAGGUAGUGAUUCCAGUGAAGAGCCGCGUCAACCCUCUAAGGGCUCCCCCAAUAAAAAAGAUAGCAGCUCUGCAAAGGGUUCUAAGGAAAAAGUUACACCUCCCAAUAAAGGAUACUUCAAUGAAGUGCUGAAAAAGCUUUUCAAGGGCUCCUCAAGUGAAGAAGACCAAAGCCGUAACUCAGGAAGAAAAGAUUCUAAACAGAAUGACAGCAAGCCCAGUAAAGGAUAUUUCAAUGAAUUCAUCAAAAGAAUUUUCAAAAGUUCUUCAAGCGAAGAAAACCAAAACGGCAACUCUGGAAGAAGUGAUUCUCAAGAAAAAGUCAGCAAAACAGAUAAAGGAUUCUUAAAUGAAAUAAUCAACAAGGUUUUUAAAGACUUUUCAAGCGAGGAAGCCGAUUUACCCACAAUCUUCCAGUCUGGUAAAGAUGUCGAUAGCUCAGAGCUACUAAAGGUCGUUGGUUAUGGAAUAUGUUCAACACAGCAAAUGGCCAGUGAAAUUGAGUGUAACGUAAGAUCAGACUUGAGCAUCAAGAAUAAAAAUUCAGUAUCACAGUGUAACAGGGACACUGCUAUUGCUUGCCUACUGGCCAGACAGGAAGGAAUUGAUGCACCAGUAUGUGACUAUUAUAGUAUUAGGGUACUAUGCUGUUCUAAAGUCUGUGGUGAAACAAGAGUUUAUACCGAAUCUACAAGUGAAACACCAACCACCUCUAUCUCAACUAAAACAUCUACACCACCAUAUUAUCAUUCUACAACUAUAAGUGAGAAAACAACCAGCCCCAUUUCAACUAUAAGCACAACCAAGACAACCCCAACAUCAACCUCUCAUUCUACUACACCAACAAGCCAAACCACAACCACUUCACCAUCAACCUCAAUAAGGUCAACCCCCACAUCUACCUCUGUUUCUACACCAACCACCUCUAUCUCAACUAAAACAUCUACACCACCAUAUUAUGAUUCUACAACUACAAGUGAGAGAACAACCAGCCCCAUUUCAACUAUAAGCACAACCAAGACAACCCCAAUAUCAACCUCUUAUUCUACUACAACAACAAGCAAAACCACAACUACUUCACCAUCAACCUCAACGAGGUCAACCCCCACAUCUACCCCUGUUUCUACAAGUAGGAGUACAAGUGGAACGACAGUUUCAUCAACACCGCCCACUCAUUCAUCAACCAGUGUUUCAACUACUUCUUCAACAACUUGUCCAUACGCAUAUUCCAUGAAAUGCUAUUGGUCAUCAUUUAUGGAAGGUAACGAUACACCAACAAAGUCUGUUAAAGAAGGAGAAAGUUUAUCAGGAAGUGAUUCCAGUGAAGAGCCUCGUCAACCCUCUAAGGGCUCCCCCAAUAAAAAAGAUAGCACCUCUGCAAAGGGUUCUAAGGAAAAAGUUACACCUCCCAAUAAAGGAUACUUCAAUGAAGUGCUGAAAAAGCUUUUCAAGGGCUCCUCAAGUGAAGAAGACCAUAGCCGUAACUCAGGAAGAAAAGAUUCUAAACAGAAUGACAGCAAGCCCAGUAAAGGAUAUUUCAAUGAAUUCAUCAAAAGAAUUUUCAAAAGUUCUUCAAGCGAAGAAAACCAAAACGGUAACUCUGGAAGAAGUGAUUCUCAAGAAAAAGUCAGCAAAACAGAUAAAGGAUUCUUAAAUGAAAUAAUAAACAAGGUUUUUAAAGACUUUUCAAGCGAGGAAGCCGAUUUACCCACAAUCUUCCAGUCUGGUAAAGAUGUUGAUAGCUCAGAGCUACUAAAGGUCGUUGGUUAUGGAAUAUGUUCAACACAGCAAAUGGCCAGUGAAAUUGAGUGUAACGUAAGAUCAGACUUGAGCAUCAAGAAGAAAAAUUCAGUAUCACAGUGUAACAGGGACACUGCUAUUGCUUGCCUACUGGCCAGACAGGAAGGAAUCGAUGCACCAGUAUGUGACUAUUAUAGUAUUAGGGUACUAUGCUGUUCUAAAGUCUGUGGUGAAACAACAGCACUUACCGAAUCUACAAGUGAAACACCAACCACCUCUAUCUCAACUAAAACAUCUACAUCACCAUAUUAUCAUUCUACAACUAUAAGUGAGAAAACAACCAGCCCCAUUUCAACUAUAAGCACAACCAAGACAACCCCAACAUCAACCUCUCAUUCUACUACACCAACAAGCCAAACCACAACCACUUCACCAUCAACCUCAACGAGGUCAACCCCCACAUCCACCUUUGUUUCUUUUACAUCCACAAGCAGUACAGCCACCUCUAGUUCAACCACAUCAACAUUAAGCACAACUAAGACAAUCCCAACGUCAUCUUCUUAUUUAACUAUUUCAACAAGUGGAACUACGACUACUACAAAAUCAACCUUCUCAUCAUCACCAUCCUCAUCACCUCCUACAAGUUCAACAUCUCAAUCUACAACAUUAACAACUGUUACAUCUCAUACCCCUUAUACGUUUACUUCUACUUCUGGAACAACAACUUCACCAACAUCUACUUCAUCUUUUACUACAUCAUCAGUGUCAUCUACUUCUUAUACUACUCCUUUAUCUACAAGUGUUUUAUCUUCUAGUAGCACAAAGAUUACAUCAGGAACUAGCACAAUCUAUUCUCAGACGUCGCCAACAUCCACAUCAAUCUCAACAAUGAGCACACCACCAAUUUGUUUCUGUCAAGUAAAUAACUCACUUUUCUCACCUGGUGAGACCAUCUAUAAAAUAGCUGAUAAGAGUGGUUGUGAAUACUCUGCAAAAUGUAGCAGGGGCUGCCAACUGGAAAGAUUUGGUGCGGAUUGCCCCACAACAACAACUAGUGGAUCAACAACACCUAUUGGAUCAACAACACCUGGUGGACCAACAACACCUGGCACAACAGGAUCAAAGUUCACAACUCCUACAUCAACUUCAACAUCUACAACCCCUAUAUCUUCAACAACAUACUCUGUUAAAUCAACAUCCGUGACUACAUCAACUCUAUCAAGUUCAUCACCAUUUAUAUCGACAUCUACCAACGUGUCAUCCACAACUGGAUCAACCGCUGUAUCAUUAACAACCUUAUUCAGUUCUACAGCACCCUCAACUGCUAACACUUGUGGUGAAUGCGUAUGUCUAAUGCCAAAAUGUGGAUCUGGCUACAAAGUCGUUUCUUUCCUGCCACCUGGUGCCUGUUGUGUUAAUAUUACAUGUGCAAAUUCCCAGGUUUCUCUUCUGCCAUCCAAGAUGACCACAAUGCUUCUUAGACUACCUAAUGCAUCAGAUGUUCAUUUGGUACCCCAAGACUUCCUAUUUGUCCAGCUCUGCUUUUGGAUUGGCCAGCACUUGAACAAUGUUGGCCAAUCCAAGGGCAGCAGCAAGUAUCUUGCUCUACCAAGUGCACAGUAUGAAUCUGAAAGUCCUGAUAAAUGGUGUGAGGAAAACAGCUUACAAAGCCAUUGGAAAGACAUAUUAAGCAACAAGCAACAAAAGUUUGCCUCAAAGAACAUCAUAACAUUUACUUCAACUGUUUCAAAAAUGUCUAGAAAAGGGACAUGGCUAAGAGGAUUUGGCUAUGAGUACAAAAUGAAGAGUGGACAGUGUUGUGGAGAAUGUGUGGCAAAACAAUGUGCUAUGAAGGACGAUAACAGCACUGAUGUUUACAUUGAGAGCAAUAUAUCUUACCACUCUGAAGUAUGGCAGCUCAUAGCUGGUGUUGCUCAAGUUGGGGAGAAGUACCGUAAUGCAAAUAGUAAAUGCAGCUACUACGAAUGUAAUGAAGAAAAUGGUCAGCCCGUCCUUACCAGAGUGAAGAAGGUUUGCCAGGAGUUAGACAUCAGCAGAUGUGACCUGAACUCAAUAACAUAUGAUGAAGAUGGUUGCUGUAGAACAUGUCAACCUCGGCAAGAUAAUGUCUUAACUACAGCUAUUCCAGGAUCAGACUUAAGCACUCUUCCUCCAGGAUCAGACUUAAGCACAGUUCCUCCAGAAUCAGGUUCAAGCACAGUUCCUCCAGGAUCAGGUUCAAGCACAGUUCCUCCAGGAUCAGACUUAAGCACUCUUCCUCCAGGAUCAGACUUAAGCACUCUUCCUCCAGGAUCAGACUUAAGCACUCUUCCUCCAGGAUCAGACUUAAGCACUCUUCCUCCAGGAUCAGGUUUGAGCACUCUUCCUCCAGGAUCAGGUUCAAGCACAGUUCCUCCAGGAUCAGGUUCAAGCACAGUUCCUCCAGGAUCAGACUUAAGCACUCUUUCUCCAGGAUCAGACUUAAGCACUCUUCCUCCAGGAUCAGACUUAAGCACUCUUCCUCCAGGAUCAGACUUAAGCACUCUUCCUCCAGGAUCAGGUUUGAGCACUCUUCCUCCAGGAUCAGGUUCAAGCACAGUUCCUCCAGAAUCAGGUUCAAGCACAGUUCCUCCAGGAUCAAAUGUUACUAGCACUACUCAAGGAGCAUCAGUCACCAAAUCAUCAAGGGUUCCAGAAGACUGUGGUGUUCGUACAAAUAUUACUGUCCUGCAAGAAGAUGACUGUGUGGCAACAGUAGAGCUCACAUUCUGUGGAGGCCCCUGCAUGGGAACUUCUGUGUUCUCUAUGGCUACCAAGAGCAUGAUGCACACAUGUUCAUGCUGCUCAGAACUUGAAGUAGGCAAGAAGAGUGUCCAGCUUCUUUGCGCUAAUGGAACACGCAGAGUCUACACUUACACAGAUGUUCUCCGAUGCGGUUGUGUUAGUGCCUUCUGUACACCUGACAACAAAUUUAAUGUACUAAAUAAAUACUCUAAAAGAAGCCAGGCUAUCCCAGGCAGCAACAGUAAUGAAUCUUAG